AUGUUCAUCCUCAAGCAUUCUCCUCACGUAUUUGCUCAUCUAACGAUCAUUGCUCGUAAUCCUCACCAGGAGUUAUAUGAGUAUCUUCGUGAUAAGCUUGAUGGCUUUAUCACAUUCACCGACCCUGACUCGCCUCCGAGUGUUGAACGGGUACGUCAUACACCAAUUAAUUCCAAUAAGCCUGAGCUCGUCAUCAUCGAUGACUACAGCAACGAUAGGCUUCUUCAGAAGAAUUUGUUCUCACAUUACUUCACUAGAGGGCGCCACUUCAGGCUAUCAACCAUCUUCUUGAGCCACAGCUACUUCGCAACGGACAAGAUGAUCAGAUUGAACUCAGAGUACGUAGCGAUCCUGAAAGCUAAUUCUAAGCUAGACCUCCAGAUGGUUGUGAAAGAUUUUGAUAUCAAGGGAGUAGAUGAGCGUUCAAUCGUCUAUUAUUACAACAAAGCCACGGAGCGAAAAGGCCAAAUGCUCUUCAUUGAUUCGGUCAAGGGUCAGAUCAGGUAUAACUUCGAUAGACCGAUUCGUAUCGAGGACUAA